GCAUACGUUGUCUUUAUUCUGGAGAUGGGCGGCAGCGACUUGGAGAAGGCUCAAGUGCGCUCCUUUGAUGAGGCACGCAGCAUCUUGCUGCAGGUGGCAGCAGGGCUGGCAGUGGCGGAGGCAGCGUGUGAGUUUGAGCACCGCGACUUGCACUG